AUGCCACUAGAAAAUCUCCAAUACCAUUCUAUGAUGUCAGCAGCUCUUGAAAUCCCACUGCUCACUGGUCACGGUAGCCACACAGAUCGGAAGGUGUCUGAAAUUCAACGCAUGCUUCUAAUUCAUUUAGAUGGUCGUAUCAGAACACCCGAAUUGAAUCUAGAAAUGUUGAUUUUGUUUUUUGCCAAGAAACGGAUGUAUAGCGAAAUUUUGUUGGAAGAGUUCUCCUGUAUCUAG